CCCCCUCUCCCUGCCACGCUCGCUAUACCCUCCACCAGACCGCCGCCGCGCCGCUCCCACCUCUCCGCCGGCCUCCGCGCCCCUGACCCCCCUCUGCCAGCCUUGUGUCUUGCUGAAUCAUCGCUGUCCAAGAUGAGCGACGAGGUGAUAUGGCACUGCCUCCGCCACAACCACUGCAGCUUCAUGGCCAAGAUCGAGACGGGGCUGUUCUGCCGGAACCCCUACAACGCCACGGGCAUAUGCAACCGGAGCUCCUGCCCGCUCGCCAACAGCCGCUACGCCACCAUCCGGGACCACGACGGUAUCUUCUACUUAUACAUGAAAACUGCGGAAAGAGCACAUCUGCCAAACAAAUUAUGGGAGAGAGUCAAACUACCCAGGAAUUAUGAGAAAGCAAUGGAAGUCAUCAAAAAGCAUCUCGAACAUUGGCCCGAGCUACUUGUGCACAAGAUCAAACAGCGCCUGACAAAAAUGACUCAGUAUCGGAUAAGGAUGAGGAGACUUCAACUUAAAGUGAGUUAUCUGCUCCUGAAUUCUGGGUGUAAUCUGAUUCUAUAA